AUGCCCCCAUCUGCCUCAAGAGUUCCCCUCACUCACAGCCCGCGCUCGCCCGCGCUCGCGACGCCGCGCUCCCGUCGCGCAACCAAUAUGUACCAACAACCGUCGACGCCGUCGCGAGCAAUGGCCGUCGCGUUCCAAUCAUUGCCGAACCUGUGCCCUCGGCCGUACAAGGAAACUCACUACACCGACGACGACGAUGACACGUUCGUGUCGCAGCUCGAGCGCGACGCGUUGGAGAUUGAACAGGCGAUCACUCGUCUCGGCCAGGCCAUCUCGGAAAGGAAACGCGACUUGGCUGCGACGGUGGCCGAAUUGGACGACCAGAAACGAUCGUCUGCGGCAGAGAUCAGAGCCUUGAUCGAACGGGCCAAGGAGGUCAAGCUCGACCUGAGCAAGGAGGUCGAGGAUCAGCGCGAGGCAAGGCUAAAGACGAGCGAAGUCACGCAACAGGAGCGUCACCUCGCCGGUCAGAUCGACUCUUUGAACAACGAGGUCGAGGAAGAACGCAGAAAAUUGCGGGCCAAGCGAGAACGUAAGUGUGUGAUGUGCUGAGAUUGCCGGCUGGCGCGUGGGUGGGCGAGCGAGCAUCCGCAAUGUUUACUGAUAGUUUCCACAUGGAUGCGUCGCGCUUCCGCGACCUUACCACAGACAAAUCGAAGCAACGAGAAGCUUUUACAAAACAAGCCAGCAAGAAUGGACCGGAGUGCACCUUUUUCGAGCAGAAAACGGGGCUCAAGAUUGAGGGGCGAGGGCGUGAGUCCGAUCCUGCUUAGUCAUGUUUAGGAAGUAGCACGAGCUGAUUUGAAUGCUGAACCUCGAACAGGCGACAAAAUACAUUUCAAGUUUACCAACAUCGAUCGCAGAAACUAUGGACGGCCGUUCUCGUUUGUGAUCGAUGUCUCCCAGCCGGCCUAUGAAGGUUCGUUCCAGAAAAGCCCGAUCUCGGUGAUCUCGCGGUGAUCGUGUUAAUCCGCAAGCUUCCCUUUCCUUCAUAGUAACAUCGAUCAUGCCUAUCAACUACAUCUCGGAGCAAGUCUUGUCGUCGCUGCUGAGCAAACUCAACGAGGACCGAAAUCUUUACGCUUUCCUUCGCUCGAUGCGAGAAGAGUUCAGGCACGAGGUCGAACUCGAAUACCCCAACAAGGAGUAUGACGUCGAGAAGGAGUACAAGCGAGCCACGGAGCCCAGGGUAUUGAAGGAGCGGAACUAG